UACGCGAUUCGAGCCGAAGUGAAGUGAAUUGGAACACUGGCAUAUAUUCUCUAUAUAUAUAUCAGAUAUCGUUAUAAUGCUUAACUUUAGCUGACUGCUGGACAUCGCAUGAUGUCUGCCAUUAAGUUCCUAGUGCUUGUGGCUCUGUUUUGUUGCAGCAAUGCCAAUGAUGAGGCUUUGGUGUUUAAAAUUGGUGCCAUUUUCUUUGAUACGGAAAUGAAGCUUGCAGAGGCCUUCGAUGUGGCCGUGGAGGAAGUGAAUGCCGUGAAUCCCAAUCUGCGUUUGGAGCCCAUCAAACAUUACAUGACCGUUGACGAUAGCAUUGUCCUGCAGGAUCUAUCUUGCGAAUUGAUUGGAAAUGGUGUGGCUGCUAUUUUUGGACCAAGUUCAAAGACAAACAGCGAUAUUGUUGAGGUUUUGUGUAAUAUGACGGGUAUACCGCAUCUACAGUUCGAUUGGCAUCCCCAGCAAUCGUUUAGGGAGCGACUCAACCAUCAGAUGUCUGUCAAUGUGGCGCCCAUGGAACUGAUGCUAUCGAAUGCAUUUUCCGAUAUUUUGGGCAGCAAGAGCUUCGACUGGAAGUCCUUUACGAUUGCCUACGAGAAGAGUGCACACCUGAAUCGCCUGCAGCAUAUCCUGGCCUGGAAACAGCUACACAAAACGGGCAUUAAAAUGCAGGAAUUUCAACGUGGUGACGACUAUCGCAUACUCUGGAAAAGAAUCAACAAUGCAAGGGAGAAAUUUGUGCUAUUGGAUUGUCCCGCGGACAUUCUGGUGGAUGUGGUCAAUGCCUCCAUAGACUUUAAUAUGACUGGCUCUUUCAAUAAUCUAUUUCUAACCAAUUUGGAUACACAUGUCAGUGGCAUCGAUCGUUUCUAUUCGCGAGAGUUUACUGUGACAGUGGCUGCUGUGCGUUUGAGAACUUAUAUACCACCGCCAGUGCAUGAUGAGAUUGAUGUGUUCGACAAUGAAGUGGACACUAGGUUUGAUUCACUGGGCAGCCAACUUGUCUAUGAUGCUGUCGUUCUAUUCUACAAUGCGCUGCUGGAUAUGAGUCAACGAUCGGGUUUCUAUAUGCCACAAUUUAGCUGUGGUCAUGGCUUUUGGCAGCCCGGACCACAUCUAGUACAGAAAAUGAAGGAGCUCUCGCCGAAGCAAGUGAAGCCGCCGUUCAAGACGCAACGCCUGAAGAUCAAUGCGCAUGGGCAGCGUGAGGAUUUCAAUUUGGAAGUUUAUAAUCCGCUCAUCGAUCGUGUGACACACAUUUGGAAUAAAGACUUUCAGCUGGUGGAUAAGGAGAAGAUCAAGGAGAAUUCGACGCAGGCGGUGAAGCAGCGACGUCUGGAGAAUAAGGAGGAUUUCUCGCAGAAACCAGUGCGAUUUACAGUGGCCACUCGUGUGGGCAAACCCUACUUUAGCUGGCGCGACGAACCCGAGGGUGUGCACUAUGAGGGCAAUGAACGCUUUGAGGGCUAUGCCGUGGAUUUGAUUUAUAAAUUGGCCGAGGAAUGUAAAUUCGAGUUUGACUUUGAACCAGUUAGGGAUAAUAAAUAUGGCAGCUAUGAUGCGGCCACCGAUGAAUGGGAUGGCAUUAUACGACAGCUGAUUGACAAUAAUGCCCAAAUUGGCAUCUGUGAUCUGACCAUUACCCAGGCGCGUCGUUCGGUGGUGGAUUUCACAGUGCCCUUCAUGCAACUGGGCAUCAGCAUUCUGUCGUACAAGGAGCCACCGCCCAAGGCGGAUAUCUAUGGUUUCCUCAAUCCGUAUGGUGUGGAGGUUUGGCUGUAUGUCAUGAUUGCCAUGAUGAUCACAUCGAUGGCCAUGAUAUUGGCCGGACGCAUGGACCAGUAUGAAUGGGAACCGCCGGCGGAGAAUGCCAAUCGUGAGCUGGUGCGUCAAAAUAUCUGGAAUAUGCAUAAUACCAUGUGGCUGGUGUUGGGCUCCAUACUGACGCAAGGCUGUGAUUUGUUGCCCAGGGGCCUACCCAUGCGCCUGCUCACCGCCUUUUGGUGGAUCUUUGCACUGCUCAUAUCUCAGACUUAUAUCGCCAAAUUGGCUGCCUUUAUAACCUCAUCAAAGUUGUCGGGAAGCAUAGGCUCGCUGCAUGACCUCGUUGACCAGAAUAAGGUGCAAUUUGGCACCAUACGCGGUGGUGCAACAUCCGUUUAUUUUUCCGAGUCCAACGACACGGAGAAUCGCAUGGCCUGGAACAAGAUGUUGUCGUUUAAGCCCGAUGCAUUUACCAAAAACAAUGAGGAGGGUGUGGAUCGCGUGAAGCUAAGCCGCGGCACCUAUGCCUUUCUCAUGGAGACGACCAGUCUGCAGUACUAUGUGCAGCGAAACUGUGAGCUCACACAGAUUGGCGACAGUUUUGGGGAGAAGCAUUACGGCAUUGCAGUGCCAUUGAAUGCAAACUUUCGCUCGAAUCUCAGUGUGGGCAUACUGAAGCUCAGCGAGCAGGGUGUUCUCUAUAAUUUGCGCAACAAAUGGUUCAAUAACAAUGAGAGCACCUGUGUCGAGGACACGACCAUCGAUGAUGGGCAAUUCGAUAUGGAUUCUGUGGGUGGACUCUUUGUAAUGCUCAUUGUGGGCUUAUUAAUUGCCUUUCUCAUUGGCAUAGCAGAGUUCCUAUGGCAUGUCCAGCGCAUUGCUGUUAAAGAGAAGAUACCCGUUAUGUUGGCCCUGAAGGCAGAGUUUAACUUUCUCAUACGCUUCUGGCUGACUAGAAAGCCUUUGCACACCUAUCGACAGAGUCGAGACUCCACCUCCACGGGCUACUCCUCACUGCAACAGUUGUCGAGUGCCUCCACAGUUAAAAAGAGGAAAAAGACAAAGAAGAGAGCGGAGUAGUGGAAUGGAAUGGAAUGGAAGGGCUUGCAAACAUUCAGUGAAACAUAGAAUAUAGUUAGGCUAUUAUAGAGCUAAGCAUUAAACAGA